AUGUUUAUAGAGCUGCCGUGCAAGAAGCUCCUCACAGUCGAUAUGGCUCUUCUCAAGAACGGAAUCCCCAAGUUAUUUUGGGUAGUGGUCCUCGCUUUCGAGGUUGUUCAAUCAACAGAUUCAGACACUGUCCAACCAGCUGAAGAAGAGGUAGUGAUAUGUGAAAACUCUCAUGAAAAUAUUCAGUGCGAAUAUGGAACAAUAAAAAUAAGGAAUGCUUAUUAUGGGAGGACAGACAAACAUACCUGCCCACACGCCCAAAUGUAUGAUACCAACUGCAAGGGAACCAACGCCCUAGAUGUCCUCCGAAAAAAAUGUGACAAUAAUGACAAAUGUCAUCUGGAAGCCUCAAACAAUUGGUUUGGUGAUCCUUGCCCAAAUACCUAUAAGUAUCUGAGAUUUGACUUCACAUGUGGCAAAGAUCAACCUACCCAUGUAGAACACAUUUGUGAAUCUCAAUCAAAGAAAAUUAGAUGUCCAGAAGGAACGCUUAUCAAGAUUAAAAAUGCUUCUUAUGGUCGAACAGAUAAAAAUAUAUGCCCCAAUCAAAAUAUUAAAACUACUAAUUGCAGAGCGGAAAACUCUUUAUCCAUAGUCAAUAAAAAAUGUGAGAAUAAGAAUGAAUGUCAUUUAGAGGCAAGUAACAAUUGGUUUAAAGACCCAUGUGAAGGAACUCAUAAAUACCUUUCAGUAGAAUACCAAUGUGUACAAGACUCAAUCCACAAAUCACGAACAAUAACUAUUUGUGAAAAUAACACUCAGAAGAUAACAUGCCCAAGAGGUACCAGCUUAAUUAUAGAAGAUGCAUUUUAUGGAAGAACUGAUAAAAGCAUAUGCCCUCAUCAACAAAUAUAUGAUACUCAAUGCAAAGCUGGCAAUGCAUUCCAAGUCGUGAAUAACAAAUGCACGCAUAAGACUGAAUGUGAAUUGCAAUCAGUUAAUACAUGGUUUGGAGAUCCUUGUCAAGGAACUUAUAAAUAUCUCCAAGUUAAAUACAAAUGUGAUUAA